AUGAUCCAGCAAAUUCAGCAAGCCGUCGACAUUGCUAAUUCGUCUACUACAGACAAUGUGCUGAAAAGACAGGCACUAGAUUUCUUGGAAGAGGCCAAGAGUAGUGGGUCCGCGGCACAGGUUUUUGCCUCUUUACUGCAAGAUACAGCAAGCACCGAUGUCAGCAAGUUCGUGGCUCUGCAAGUGCUGAGCGAUCUAGUGGUGACAAGCUCCGGCGAACAACUCGAGUUUCUGAAAAACACAUGUGUGGAGCUUUUAAGCACCCGAGGGGCUGCUCCCGACAACAAACUUGACGAACCUGAGUACGUGAGAAACAAGGUUGCGGAAAUGGCAUCGCGACUGUUCUACUGUAUGUACGGUGAGUGCAACGGGAAUUUGUGGCCCACUUUUUUCGAAGACCUGCUCCAACUGCUCAACAUUGCCGGGCUGCAGUCAGGUACGUCGGCCGAAUUUUCCAGUGUGGGUCUCGAUCUUUUUUUAAAGAUUGCGCUAGCAGUCAAUUCCGAGAUCGCAGAGCAGACUUUUGUGAGAUCCAAAGACAUUCAAUCAAAGAACAACGACCUCAAAGACGCCAUGAGAGUACGAGACGUACAGCUCUUAUCUUCACUCUGGCUGAACACACUGAAGCUCUUCAAAUUGCAACAGUUUCCGGCUCAGCUUGCUAAUCUUACACUCUCUUGCAUCGGUUCGUACAUUUCUUGGAUAGAAAUUAACUUGAUCGUGAACCCCGAAUAUAUCAACAUUAUUUUUGAGUUUUUGGAUCAACCUAGUUCUAAAAUUGCAUGCGCACAGUGUCUGUGCGAAAUCAUAUCCAAAAAAAUGAAACCGGGAGAUAAACUUGCUUUGUUAAGCAUGCUAAAUUUGACAGAGAAGGUUGUUGCUGUGGGGAAUGAUGACCUUGAGGUUCAAGAACAAUUGGCCAGAUUAGCGGCCUCAGUUGGUCUUGAAUCAUCGAUAAUUCUGGAUCAGUGCAAUGAUGAUAACUCACGACAGGAAUUUCAAGAAAUAGCAAGCGCUGCCGAUAGGCUGAUUAUACAUCAAGUCUCCCCAUUGGUCUUGAAGUUUAUGGAGCAUGAAUAUGAUUCAGUUACUCAGCAGUGUUUCCAGUUCAUCUCCCAUUAUCUACAAUUUUUGAAGAAGUUCUUCGCGCUAGGUGGGAAACCAGGCAGUGCUGUUGCCAUGAAUUCAAAAAGACUUUUGUUAGACUCAGAUCACGAAAACUUUCUGGAUAGUCUGAUAAAAGUGUGCAUGAAGAAAAUGAUGAUAGAUGAAAGUUGUGAUGAGGACUCGAUAGACGAUAUUGACGAAUUUAACGAGACCAUUCGGUCAAAGCUAAAAAUCUUUCAGGAUACUAUAGCGGUAAUAAAUCCGGGAAUAUACUUGAGGAACCUCGUGGAAAAUGUAGAAGCUCUCUUGAGCUCAAAUGACUGGAGACGAUUGGAGUUCGCCAUAUACCAAAUGCACAAUUUAGCAGAGAGUAUUCGCAACAACCUUUUCGGCGUCAAUAAGAAGGACAUAACUUCUUCAGAGCCCCACAAUGUCAUGUGUCGCUUUAUGGCCACAUUGUUGGACAGCACAAACAUCUUUAUGGUUCAAAAUGCAUUGGUACAGGUGUCCUUCUUCGAGCUCGUUGUGAGACAUCAUUUGUUUUUGCAGGCAUCCUCAAAAGAUGAAAUAACUCUGUUGAAUAUAUUCUGCAGCGAAUUGGGGAUGUUUAGCAGCAAGGAAAGGGUAAGGCUGAGAACAUGGUACCUAUUUACUCGUUUCAUCAAGUUAACGAAACCAAAACUGGCAGCUGAGCCGCUUUCUCAGCUGCUCAUGAAAAUUUCCCAAUUGCUGGUAAUUAAACCGGUAGCAACUGCACAGCAAUCUCCAGAAGAAAGUGUCACAUUUGACAAUCAACUUUACCUGUUUGAUGGUGUCGGAAUGCUUAUUGGUGCUAGUACUGACUCGACUUACAACUUACUUGAUGGCGUUUUGGUCCCUCUUUUUUCCAGCUUGGAGUCCUGCAUCUCAGACCAAACUAAAUCUCCAAGCGGGGUGAUGCAAACUCAUCAUGUCCUAAUGGCAAUCGGUACGGUGGCCCGGGGCAUUCAUUCGGGCUUGGUUCCCGAGAACCAGGUUAACAAUACCGAGAUCGCGAGCAAGUUUUUUUCGCGAGCGCUCGUGGAAAAGUUUUCCAACGUAGCAGAAGUAAUAUUGGUGACGUUCUCCUAUUUCAACAAACAUGAGGUUAUACGUGAUGCAACUAGAUUUGCUUUUGCUCGAUUGAUUCCAAUAUUGAACGAAGAAAUUCUGCCAUUUGCUAGUCGGUUGAUCGCGAUCUUUUUGACAUCUGAUCUUAAGGUACUAGAAUUGAACGACUUUUUGGGAUUUUUGGGCCAGAUUGUGCACACCUUUCAUAAGAGUGAUGUCUGUUACCAACUCCUCAACAAUCUACUUUCACCGGUUAUUGAAAAAGUUUUCAGCGCUGUGGCCCAAGAAGAAAGCGACGCCGAGUCAAUCCAGAGCAGCGUUUUAGCAUCAAGCAUAGUAAAAAACGGCAAUGAAAAGAAUGUUGUGAUUACGGACUCCUUUCGUGACAAGAUUCUUUUGAAAAAGGCAUAUUACAAUUUCUUGCAGUCCUUUGUGACUAACCACUCCACUUCGCUGUUUUUGACGGAAUCAAAUAGGGCUGUGCUACCCAUGGUACUUGAAGACUUACUGACAUAUACUCCAGAUGAGAUACAUGAAACGUCGUCGAUGAAACUUGCCCUUAACGUCCUGGUCAAUUUCGUCAAGUUUCUGGGAACUGGCACAUGCACCGACGCAGAAGAUCCCAAUGCCAAUAAUUUUGGUAAGCUGGACGGAUUGGGGGAGUUUUUCAUAGCUAGAGUCAUACCUCUUGUCUUCGAGAUACCAUUCAAGCCAGAGUACGGCUUCAACGUCAGAGAUGCGAGCUGCAGAGUGGUUGCGUGCGAUCUUUCUAGAUCACUGAAAGCACUACACAGAAUACAUGAGAAAUCCCAAUCAAAUUUGUGUUUGAACUACCUCACUGAAAACUACUUUCCUCAAGUUCAAUUCCCCGAUCAGCUAUCGAUAGAAUUUGUUAAUGCAUUGGUGAACAGCGACGACAAAAGCUUUGAGAAAUAUUUUGUCGGUUUCGUAACAAACAUGGUAGGAUAA